AUGGCGAUUCCGACAGCAAGAACCCCAAUGGCGAAUCCGACUCCAACGACCGUCACCAACCCGAAUGGCACGAUUGAACCGGCCGCUAACACCAGCCCUCGACUGUUCAUUCCGGAAUCUAGCCCCAUCACCCCAAUUCCAUCAAGCCCGAUCACCCCAAUCAGCCCCUUCAGCGUUGGAAAUCUCAUCCAUCCCUUGAUCCCACCCCUUAGUCCCAUUGACUCGCCGUGCCCCUCAGAUUUGAACAAGGAAACCACCACUGCUGACCCGCCAACACCUUGUUCUUUGUCUUCUGAAGAGAUGCCGCUCUCGAACACCCCAAAACAUAUGAAAUCGUCCGAAAAGAUCAAAGUAAAGCCCCCAAAGAAAAACUCUCCGGCAUUGCUCACAAAGAAAGGAAAAAAACAGAAAUCACCCCCGUCGCCAAUUGUCAAAAGAAAGCUAUCCCAAUCGAGGUCCAAGAUUGUGACCAAGAGCGACGAGGACUCUGAGUAUCAGCUCCCUGAAGCUUCCAUUGCCUCUGAAGCAUCCGAAACGUCUGAAGAGUCCUAUUUGUCUGAUCCUAACUCCCUUCCUGAUGAUUCGGACGACAAAGAACCUUCUUCGGACGACCAAGAAAAUUUGCCCCCGUCGCCGAAGAACAGAACUAAAUCUUCUUUUCGCCCGUCUUCGAAAAACAGGAAGAACGUAUCGCCCCCGUUGCCAAAGAUCAGAAAGAACAGCCACCAAACUAAGAUCAACAACGACCGCCACUAUCAGCAGCCCGAGACGUUUCCUCCAGACGACGUUGAACAAACCCCUUCAUCUGGCAAAAAGAAGGAGAAGGCGAAAUCUGCGUCUGGCAACAAGAGAACAAAAGGAAACAAGAAGAAAAUCCAGAAGAAGUCCGCCUCAUUCAAGGAAUCCGAAGAGGCAGAAGUCGAGUCGGAUGUGGCCUAUAUUCUUCAAGCCGACGACUCAUUCCUUGGUAAUCAGACGGCCGGCGACGAAUCCAUUGCGAAUCACACCGCCGAAGGUUCCUUCCUUGCCAAUCAAACGGCCGGCGACGCGUCUUUGCUUGAUCAGACGGCCGAGACAGCCUGCGACGAUUCCUUGCUUAAUCCUGGCGACGAAACCAUUCAGACUGGGGAAGACGAAUCCUUCCUGGCCAAUCACACUGCCGCUGCCGAAGAGAAUUCCGUACAGUCUCAGAAGCCACCUCCAAAGUCUCAGCCUGCCUCACAACUUCGAUUACUGCUCAAAUUGCCUAAGUUACCUGCCUCAGGUGAUGAAUUACGUCCCGAUUCAAAGCCUCCAAGCCCGCCCUUACCACCUGAAAGCGCAAGACGGCGAUCUACCCGCCAAAAAAAGUGA